AUGCUCUCCAAGCCAUUUUUCCUCCCUGAAAUUCUCACAGAGGAACUUCAUCUCUCCAAUUUCAUCUCCGACAAUGUAAAAAUCAAUUCCGCUAUUCACAGCCCAUCAGACAGAAAAACUGAUCUUCCGGUAUCGAUCCAAUUCCAAAUAACCAAAAAACACAGGCUAAGAUCCAUCUGGCAGAGGUCCAGGAACUCGGAUAUAAAAACGCUACUUCACCGACAAAAUCGUCUAGUCAGCAAACUCCUCCAAUCAAAUUGCGAAGAAAAGUGGUCCAAUUUCCUAUCUUCAAUUGAUGUCGGUCCCCAAGCGUAG